AUGCCGUCCUGUGUGUCCAUCGCGGAUGGCAAGGAAGCAAGGAAGCAAGGACGGCAAACAAAAGAAGGGCGUGUCCAAAGUGGUCCAGAGCCUGGCCCCCCUUCCACACCACCCCUGGCCGUGCAAGCCGCUCCUGGCUGCGUCGCCAUACAGCCCACCUACACCCAGUCUCUCCACGUCCACGACCCAAAGGAGCUGACGUCCCUGCCAAAGCUGGCCGUGGCCAAACCGUCCUCGAGGCCAUCCUGGAGGGCACAAUGUGCUCCGGAGGUGCCGCCACGUCCUCUUUUCUUUGCUCUGGGCUCUGCCCAUGUCCUGGAGUCUCAGCGCUGCUCGAUGAUGCCCGUCCACGGCAGGGGUCGUCUUCGCUCUGCCUUCCGUCCCCCCGGCCGCAGCUGCGCACCAAACACACGCCAUCUCACAGCCCACGAUGUCCAGGGCCUAGGCCAAUGCAAUGCCGGAAACCAUACAGAGAGAGUCCAUCGUCUCAAUCUUUCCAACAGCACCAAGAGCCACAUAAUGGGACCUUUCUCUCAACAGCUAUGGCCGUCAUGGGCUUACUCCAACGUGGCAGAUCCAUUUUCGACAUACACGCACUUUUCCAACUUUAACGCUUACCUCCACGAUUCUCUGGACGCCUAUCAACCACAUCACAGCCGCCUGGUUCAACACCACCAGAUGUCUAGGGCCACUGAAUCGAAACCUCGCCUGUCCAAGGAAGAAGUCGAACUUUUGGAAGCCGAGUUCCAGAAGAACCACAAACCUAGUAGUACGACCAAGAAGGCCCUUGCUGAGUCCAUGAGAGUGGACAAUGCUCGCAUCAAUAACUGGUUUCAAAACAGACGGGCUCGUGAGAAGAAGGAGAACAAUAUCAGGGAGUACGAGGCCAAACAGCGACUGGAGAAGGAAAGAUCCGAGGCCUCGGAGGCAUCUCAGUCUGAGAGUAGUCGUCAACGUGACUUGGUUGCUUCGAGUGCCCCGUUCCCCCAACCAGGCAUGAACACGAAGCCAGAGUCUGAAGCCGCCCUGUCACCCUCGGAGAAAUGUCUUUCUGACCCAUCUGGCGAGACUAAUGAGCCUAGCCAGAGCGAUGAAUCUGACCUCCUCUCCCCGCUCUCGCUUCCCAUAAAGCAGGAAAUCGGCGUGGCUCGUCCUUCCAAAUUCAGCGGACUCUUGCUCAAAACUGAGCAGGAGGAGGAUGAGAAUUGUGGCCUGUCUGAUCGGGUGGAUGAUUACUUGGCCAUGCAGGAUGGGUCCAUGCUGGCUGUCACCUCAAAGGCGGCCGAGCAACAGCUCUUCGCCGGAUUUGGUUGCCAGCACGACACCGACAGGCAUGAGCAAGAUGCCGACUCAUCACCAUUCACUGAUGAUUCCGAACCAAGGUCCCCUGAAGAAGACAUUGCCUCCCGCCGAAACCGACGCCCAGCUCCACUCUCUAUUACCGGUGGCCGGAGCCACUCGUACUCGUCUAGAGUUUGCGACUUUUCAAGAACGGGCGACCAUGCGGUUUCCAUGCGAAGGAUUUCUUCCAGUGCGGGAUCCGGUCGUGUGAAGAAGUCUGUUGCCACCCCUCGAAGCCCGUUCUUUGAUAGAAACGCAGAUAUCCUUUUUCAACGAAGACAUUCGCCCAAUGCAAUUGGCCGUCAAGGUUCUGCGGCGCCUCCCACCCCCGAUACUCCUGUUGCUCUUCAACAACAUGGAUCAGUGGAUGCUGCCAUGUCCUCACUGUACUCUCUUGAGGGCAAGUAUACGCCACCUGAUGUUGUUAUAUCUGAUCCCACCUUGCGCACACCACCCACCACCCCAGGCUUUGGCGACUCGCUUUUCCACCUUGGUGCUGGGUACGAGAUGGGUAUUUCUGAAGAGACCAUAAUCGCUCCUGGCAUUGAUGGAGCCAAUCGUGGGGUGGAAAUGGCUGGCAACCCUGCCGCUUUUGCCAGCUACAUGCUCAACAACGCACAAUGCUCAGCUCAGCAAAUGGCCCCCAUGUUUCCAGCACAAAUGGCGCACCCUUAUUUUGGUUUCAUGAGCACCAGCAGCAACUCUGAGUACAAUUGGUCCGACUUGUCACCUUCGACAGCGUCCACGUCCUCGAGCUCUCAACAGAGAUACAUGGCUCUCGGUCACACCCAAAACUAG